AGCUUGUUUACAGUGUUAUUUGCGUUUCCAAAUUAAUUCCCAAUUUCAAGGUGAAAACAAACUGGAAUAAAUACGAUCUCGGGGAAGACACUAAAUUCAGUGAAGAACAGUAACCGUGUUGCAGGAACUUCCAGCUUCAGAAAUUCACCAUAAGAGGAGGUGGUUUCAUCGCGAGAGGCGGCGACUGGGGGCGGGGCGAGCGGCGGGCGGCGCGAGGGCGGCCGCGCGCCUCACAUUCCGCGUGGCCGUGACAGUGUUCGCUGCGGCCGCCGUGACGCUCGUGACGCAGGCAGUGACGGGGAUGAGUGAUCGAGUGGCCGGGUCUUCUCCGUGAUACCGAUACGUGGCUGUCUUUGGCCAGGGCCCCUGAGAGUGAAGUGAUGGGUUUGUGGGGAAGGAAGGGGGCGGACCACAGGGACAAGGCGCGCGUGUCUCGCAGUGGCUCCUACAGUGACGAUUACCGCAUCACGCCCGAGCUCCUGUCGGCGGACGCCCACCGGCAUGCCCACAAGGCUCGCGACGCCCGCGUGCUGGACGAUGGGCGGUGCUGCUCGCAGGACGAGCGCUGCUGUUCCGACGAGGGGCCCUGCUGCUCGCAGGACGAGCGCUGCUUCAGCCCCGCGCCGCCCCGCCCGUACCAGGUCCGGCGCGGCCGCAGCGUGUCUGCAGGAGGCUCCCGCCGGAGCUCCCUCGGAGGCAUGGAGGUGGUGGUGGUGGACGAGAGCCGCGUGGACCUACGGCGCCCGGCGACCUGCAGCUCGUGCGAGUCCUGCGACACGUGCGGCGACACGGCGUCCGAGUCCGUGACCGUGAUCGAGCUCAAGAACCACCUCUUCACCUCGCCUAUGCACGACCGCGACCACGGCCGCUUCGCCUCCCCCUCGCCCACGCGAGGCCGCAGCCCCCGCAGGCGGUACAACACCACGGAGAACUCUGUGCGGCACGGCGCGGGCGGAGCGGGCGGCCGUGGGCGGCUCAGCACACUGGAGAGCAUAACCCCGAGUUCCGGGCCUCGAGGACGAGGCAGGCGCAACAGUAGUAUCUCUCGAAGGACGAGCAGCAGCCGACGCACGUCCUCGAACGCCCGCGACGCAAGCCGCGCCCGCGACAGAGGCCAAGGGAGGCCCGUCCACGCCUCGGCAGGUGUUCCGGCCUUGGAAGUGGUAGGCACAAGAGCACCGACUGUUUACACAACGCAGUCCGACCGCAUCGCCUCAAACACUCAUGCUGUGCCCGACCAUACCCGACCUAGACAUAAUGUGAUUUCCCCCGAGAGAAAAUCCGCGCCGUCGACAGAUUCUCCGGCAGGCAGAGCUGCUGCUGGCGGAGGAGGUGCAGGAGGAGGAGGAGGAGGAGGAGGAGGAGGAAGCACAGGCGGAGGAGGGAAGAAGGAAGGGUCAGGCAAGAUGUCUAUGACCUUGAGCAAGCGUGACCUCUUGACCCAGAUGGUAUCACAGACGAAACAACAUCGUCAGCAGAUCAGGAGUCUGGAAAACGAGCUGGAGCGCCUUCGGUCGGGAGACGUGCUCAACAAGUGCGAGAUCGCCGCCGCAGAUGUGGAGUGGCGCCCCGGAGACGUGGUGGGGGAGGGGUCCUUCUCCACCGUGUACCGAGGACACUACUGCGGGACCGACGUGGCGGUGAAGGAGCUGAAGUUCAAGCUCUCGCAGGACGACAAGAAUUACUUCCGCUCCGAAGCUGCUCUCCUACAGCAGCUGCACCACCCGCGAGUCGUACUCAUGAUGGGCGUGUGUACGACCGCUGCACGACCCUUCAUGCUUCUGGAGUACCUGGCGGGCGGGACGCUGUACAACCUCAUUCAUAAUUCCCCGCGUGACAAGCUCGACCACGCGGCCUACUUUGUGGUGGCCAAAGACGUGGCUCAAGGCAUGAACUACCUCCACAAACACGAACCUCAGGUUCUCCACUUGGAUCUCAAGUCCAUGAACGUGCUCCUCGACUCGUACUACCGGGCCAAGAUCGCAGAUUUCGGCUUCUCCAUCCUGAAGCGGUCUCGCGCUGGGUCGCCGGCUCAACGUGGCUCCAUCAGAGGAACACCUGCUUGGAUGGCGCCAGAACUCCUGACGAAGGGAGACGUGUCUGCAAAGUGUGAUGUUUACAGUUACGCCAUCAUCCUGUGGGAGAUGCUGACGGCCAGCCACCCCUUCAGAGGCUUGGAUAUAUUCCAGAUUAUGGAAACCAUUGAAUCGGGCGGCCGUCCCCAUCUCCCUGUCGCCGGAGUGUCGCGGGAACUAAAGGAGCUAAUUACCUCCUGCUGGGCUCAGAAUCCUUCCCUGAGGCCGAGCUUUGAGGAAAUCCUUGGAGCACUGGACUCUGCCGCGGUCCCCACCUCCUGGCGUGGAGUCCUGCAGAAUGCUAACAUCGGCCCGUCUUUACUUGCUGAUGUUGGUGCUGCUAGAACUAUCAUUGGAGUUGUGGAGGAAAGUGUGGAAUUGAUACGGCGGCAGUUGCAGCAACAGAGAGCAAUCAGAAAUAACGAAAUAGAUAACUUACCCAGAGAUCGCCACAUUCCGGAGGCCCUCGAGGCGAUGGGUAUGGGGACGUCUGACCCUGCCCGCUACCGCACAGCGCGAGGCGACGCAUCCCGCUCCCCGCCGAACGUCUCCCCGACCCGCCGCCUUUCGCCAGCGCGACGCUCAUCUCCCAGCAGACAGCCUCGUCCGCGGGAAGUCCUAGCUCCUCCUCAGCCCUCGACCCGCAGUCCAGACCGCGCGCGGCAGCGGGAAUUGGUGCCAAGGGACGAGGGUCGGCGCCGAUCGCCGGACAAGAUGUCCCGUCCCCCCGUCAGCGACUCCGGCAGAAGGGUAGCGAGUCGAGAUCACAGUAUAGACCAGCGUGUGCCUCGGCAGGGAGUCAGUAGCGAGCGCGGCAGAGGGCGGCGCGGCGAGAGCAAUGAGCGAGGCGACAGACGGCGCAGCGACAGGCGCAGCCCGGAUAAGGAGCGAGACCGUGGAAGCCGAGAGCAAGAGACAAGGACUAAGAGGGAACGCGGCUGGAAUCAGGGGCGAGACACGCGGGAUCGGCGGCAGGAGAGCAGAGACCGCGACAGCAGCAAAGUCCGAGACGGCCGCGAGCGACGGGACGAUAGGCGGUCCAACAGGCCGCGCCGAGAGCCCAAACAGAUUGUGGAGAGAAGCAGGAAUUUCAAGCAAAUGUACUCGCGCGACCGACGAGCCGCCAGCCUGGAAACCAGCGACGAGCGAGACCGCCGCUCAAGCAGCAACGAGAGGCGCUUCAGCAGCACCGACAGACACUCGGAACUCCGACGGGAAAUCCGGUACAAGAAACCAUAUAACCGCGAGCGCCAGCUGUCCGGCGACAAGCGAGCGCGGCUGAAGCGCCAGACCGAGAGUCGCGAGCGGCUGGCCGACAGCAGAGACAGCCUGGGCGAGAGUCCCAACGAAUCGUGGACGAGCCUGGAGGGCAGCAGCUCCGGGGGAUCCAACCACGUCCUGGACGAGCCAGAGGACCCGCGACUCGAAAAGCGCGACAGAAGGUACUCCUCCAGCCCGAGGCGACGCUCUCCCGAACGCAGUAGGUACUCCCCUAGUCCGCGAAGUCCCGAGCGCAGGCGCUCCUCGGACCGCCACCUAGACGCGGACUUCCGCCACAGCCCCGAGAGGUGGCCGCGAUCGUCCCGCAGUCCUCAGCGACGGGCCCGAGCUCGGACGCCAGAGGUGCGCAGGGCAGAGUCCGGAUCGCGCGUCGGGCCUCUGGUCGUGACUUCGGAGCAGCUGUUGAGCCAGAAGCAGAGGCUACGACCCGUCCGACCCGCGGCGCUCUCUGACCUGACGCACAUCCCCGAACACUCGCUCAACGACAUUUCCCUCAUCCUCAAGACGGCCAUCACGAAGAGACGCGAUGCCUUUGACGAGGCUCUUAGCGGCAGGGACUCGUACCGCUCGGACGAUAUGGACUGGUCCGACUGGCACUGACACGCUAGCGGUGGAUUUGGUUUAAAAUGAAAUGUGAUACAGCGCGGCUUUAUCCGUGGACGAUUGAAGUUCUACAGACGAUAACCGCGACAAAUUGCCACUUCGAGAAGCAGGACUGAUUUCUUAAUUUUUUUUUAUACAAAUAAUAAUGCGUAUUUUCGUAGUACACACUAUAAUGUAACCGAUUCCUUUGCAUCUCUCAAAGGAAUAUUAAAAAUCUUGACAAAUGAAUUAAAACUGUAUUCUUCAUAAUGUAAUAUAAAAUGAUCAUGUAGUUAGCUUUUGAUACCAGUGUAUUGAUUUGCUCGUUGUGUAUGUAUAUAAUAUAAAUAUAAAUAACUCGAGGGAAGAUCUAUUUUAAUACUGAAACAAUCUUCACGAAGCAAGGCCAGUAGCUAUGCGCAUUGGCUCGUUACAUCCACUGAUUAGUAACUGGACCAUGAGUUCUAGGAAUAUCACAUUUCUUAUGGCUAUAUUUUUUCUAAUACGUUUUUAUGACCCGAACCAAAUGUUUAUUUUUAUGUAUAUGUGUGGAUAAAUGUACCGUGAAGUAAAUUCCACGUUUCUGUGGUGCGUGAGAUACUGCGCCCAUGUCAGUAAAGUGCUGUGUGUUUGAAUAAGAAAUCAUAGAAUGCCACAAAGUGAAAUGAAAAUACCCAUCAAUCUAAAUCAUUUACAGUGAGUGUUUGUGAGCUAGCGAUGUUCUUUGUAAAAGCACGUACAGUUGAGUGUUCGGUGGUCUCUUUGUGCAUAUCCUAGAGUUAUGUACAGUUGCAAGAGGUCAUCCGUAAGUUAAGCUGAGCUUGCUUUGUUGUCCAAAGCAAAGUAGCAGCAUGACUGACUGAGAGGACUGUGUAUUUUCUAAGCAAUGCUUCUCUGAGGCAUAUUUUAAGGCUGGCGAAAAGUCUGGCUACCAAUGUUAAAACUUUGGGUACUUUACUGAAUAAACGUCUUUUCGGAAA